AGCUAAAAUAGUUGUAUCCGUGUUUACAAUAUCACGCUGAUCUCUUCGUGGACUACAGUUUUUCAUUGGACCAUUAAAAUGUUGCAGUUUUUCCUUGGACCAUUAAAAUGUUGCAGUUUUUCCUUGGACCAUUAAAAUGUUGCAGUUUUUCAUUGGACCAUUAAAAUGUUGCAGUUUUACCUUGGACCAUAAAAAUGUUGCCGUUUUUCCUUGGACCAUUAAAAUGUUGCAGUUUUUCCUUGGACCAUUAAAAUGUUGCAGUUUUUCAUUGGACCAUUAAAAUGUUGCAGUUUUACCUUGGACCAUAAAAAUGUUGCAGUUUUUCCUUGGACCAUUAAAAUGUUGCAGUUUUUCCUUGGACCAUUAAAAUGUUGCAGUUUUUCAUUGGACCAUUAAAAUGUUGCAGUUUUACAUUGGACCAUAAAAAUGUUGCCGUUUUUCCUUGGACCAUUAAAAUGUUGCAGUUUUCUUUUCACUAGACUGGUCAAAAUGUAGUCUGAGACUGCUACUGAGAUACAAAUCUAAUAACUUUGGUUGAACAACUCCACCAAGAAAGUAAAAAAGUAUAAUUUACUGUAAAACUAUGCUGAGAGCAGUGCCUGUGUAUACAGACCUAGUUACAAUCAAGAAAUCUCAAUACUGUCUUUUGUUGAUGUGCUUCCUACAGCAGCUCCCAGUUUAUUCCUGCGAUCAACUCACUUUAGCUAGUAUAUCAAAAUCUUCUGACAACAAUCCUGGCUUUAUGUUUCCAGUGGGGAAACCAUUCAAAUUAAUUUGUCAGUUGACUGAAUCUUUUUGCCAGGAAACCAGCAGUAAUGACACCCUAACUCUCCUGCCAAAGAGUUUAGUUUCUGGUGCAUCUGAAGGGACUGUGACUAGAAUAACUGACUGUUCUGUGAGCUACCAAAUAGAAGAUGCUUCACCUGAAAACUCAAACGAAUAUAUUUGCAGUAAAAAUGGAGUCACACUUAUGAAAGAACAGAUAACCAUUUUAGAGAAACCACUAGAACUCAAAAUUGAAAAGAUUUCUGUCUCAGAAAAUAAAGAUAUUCUUAUAACUUGGCUGAAAAGUUCCAAUGACAUGAACAUAUUGGAUGAAUAUAAUAUAACAAUGACUGAAUCUGGGAUCACAACACAGCUGUGUGUAAUCCGGAGCGCAGUUGAAAGCAGUAGAAUAACAUGCCAGUAUGCCAACAUAAACAAAUCAGACACAGUCAACAACAACAAUGUCACCAUAACAAUCUUGAUAGCCAGACCCAUGUUAGAGUUCCCUAUUCAGAGUUUAGAAACUCAUAUUAGUAUUAACCUUGUUGAUUAUGUGGCUCCAGGUCCAGUGAAAAACCUACAUGUGUACAGUGUCACAAGUCACACAGCUUUCAUCAUAUUCCAACUCUCUGAUGCCAUGAAGACCAUUGCACACUUUUUGAUCUCUAGAAAUAAAACUUUUAGUUGUGGCGUUACUUUAUGGAAAACAGAUGACAGCUCUGAGAUUCUUCAGUUGGAACUACAGAACAUUACUUCUUAUAAUGAGACUAUUGAUGCAAAUUUGUCUGUUGCUGUUUUGCUCAACACAUUGACUGCCUUUAUGAACUAUUCAUGUAUGGUGUCAUGUGCAACAGGUGGAGGAGAGGGAGAGAAAACAUUUCUUCAGUUCACAACAAAAAAAUCAGUACCGGCCCAGUCACCAGUCAUUGAGAAAUUUGCUUUUUCAAGAGUUGCCCCACUGUUUUCAUCUCUAUUUCUUACUUGGCAGCCUCUCCCAUUAGAGUGUAUUGGAGCAAACAAUCUUUCUUAUGACGUUGAAGUUUCUUCGGUCGAUGGGUUUAAGAAUUUGACCAGAGUGGACACCAGUUACCUUGUGGUCACCAACCAACUUCCCAGUCAUGCUUUAAAAGUGGAGAUUUGGGCUGUCAAUGAAAUCGGAAAGUCAGAGAAUAGUUCUCAGCUCAUCAUUCCAGCAUAUGAAGGUUCUCAAAUUCCAGAAGCUAUUGUUGAGUUCUUAAAUGAAAGCUCAAUGAAUAUCUAUGUGAAUGUCAAAAGUGUGUCUAUGUUUGAUGAUUUAGCUGUACACUGGUGCCAUGUAAACACAGACUUAAACAGCUUACAAGAGCUGUGUCAGGAAUAUCCAAUUACAAUCUUCAGAAGUGAAAUCAACUAUGAAAAGACAACAGAUGCUCUGAAACUUACAAUUCCCUUAAACAAACCAAGAGAGAGUAGUGUAAAGAGAAAUAACUCUAAGGAAGUCUUCUAUUUUCAUGUCGAUGAGGAAAACAAUUUUGUUCAAAAUUUCACAACGUUAGCCACUCUCAAACCCAGCAUAAAUCUUCCUGAUACAAACCUUAAUAAUAUGUUUGAAUUUGCUGGCAAACAGAGAAGGAGAAGGGCAGAGCCACCUGCUUUAAGAAUCCUACCUAUAAGAUCUGUAACUUCUCAACAGAAGAUCCAAGUUUUUAUUUCUCUGAAGAUAAAUGGGAACUGGAUGGGAAUGUCAGGAGUCAACUGCACAUACAACAGUAGUCUGAAGGAUGCCUCGUUAACUGCCCAACAAGUUUCACGUGACCAAAAGAAUUACCUGCAAGUCCAGCAGCAGUGUGACCCCCAUGAGGUCAAACAGUACCUCAUUACAUCCUAUAACAUUUAUUCAUCUACUGAAGAAACUUGUCCUGACAACAAUAGAAAAUUUAUAGCAUUAAAAAACAGCUCACUGUUUUCCCCAACUGAGUUUGAAUUGCCAGACGGUAUCACAUUUGCUUGUAUAGCCAUGAACAGGCAUGAUGGAUACUCAGUUCAAAUUGUUCGGUCUUUGACUGUUGCCACUUUGGUUUCCAGCUCAGCCCAGGGGAAAAUUCUCACAAUAGUUUUUGUUGUGGUUGGAACUGUGGGUCUAAUUCUAUUGGUUCCUACCUUUCUUUGCUUAUCCAAAAAGUGCAAAGAAGGAAAACAGAAAUUCCAGACUAUUGACAUACAAACACAAAAUACACUUGAUGAGGCAAGUUCGGGAACUGACGAAGUUAGUGACAUCCCGGGCAUGUCAAGUGAUGACAUUGAGUUAAUUGUCAUCAGCCCUGUCGAUAAUGACAGUAGUACAGGAUCAGGCAAUUGCCCCCAAGAUGUACAUGGUUACCCCAAUGGUGAUAGCCAAUCUGUGGCAAGUUCUCACGAUCAACAUGUAAAUCUCAACCAAUCAGCAUCAAGCUUUCAUGACAAUGAAGCUCAUGUCAGCCAAUCAAGCUUUGGAGAGGUCCAUGCUGAGGCUAGCCAUUCAGGGUCAGAAUGUUUGGAGGUACUAGUUGAUACAGGUGACGAAUCAGACUGUGUGGAGGUACUAAAUGAUACAGGUGACGAAUCAGACUGUGUGGAGGUACUAAAUGAUACAGGUGACGAGUCAGACUGUGUGAAGGUACUAGUUGAUACAGAUGAUGAGUCAGACUGUGAGGAGGUACCAGAUGAUGCAGGUGACGAGUCAGACAGUGUGGAGGUAAUAGAUGAUACUGGUGACGAGUCAGACAGCGACAAUAAUUCUGACUACGAUCUGAGAAAAGAAGAGAUUGUAAUAGGGUCAGCAACUUCAAUGGACGAGUGCGUCUCUAACAAUGAAUUUGAUGUUUGAAGAUUUUGAUAGGGUCAGCACAUUGAAUGGAUGAGCCCGUCUUUAACAAUGAAUUUCAUGUUUGAAGAUUGUGAUAGGGUCAGUACAUUGGAUGGACUCAUCCAUCUCUAACAAUGAAUUUGAUGUUUGAAAUAAAAACACGUCAUAUCCUUCAUGUCUUCGAGCUUGUGUAGUACGGCCAUGUACAGUGUCCAGGUCAAUCAACAAUGUUGAUCUUUUGUAAUGGACGACUAAGAAAUGUAUACAAACUGUUCAACGUUCACAUUCUAGAGAAAUAAAGCACCUUUAUGAGAGUGCUACUGUAUCACAGUGUAUUAUUUCUGCUGCAUAAAUGGACACUAACCCUGAUCAAAACAACAGAUACAAGUACAAAUAACUAACCCAAGCAUUCUCUCCCCACUUUGAUGAUGCUAACCGUAAUUUCUUUCAUAUUUACAGUAUUUUUUUAAUGUAACAUGUUCAAUUUUUCUAUAUUGUUAAAUGUGCAUGUUUAUCUAUAUUUGUUAAAAUUGCAUAUGUAUUUAUAUUUGUUAACUUUAAGACUGCAUUUAAGCAUAUUAUGAAAAUGUGUUAAAGGGGUUAGAUUAUAAUUUUAUUUUUAUUGAACUGUUUCUAGCCUUCUUCACCUCUUCAUUACACUCACGUUAAUAUAAGAUACAAUUGUCAUAAUUUUAAAAAGUAUUUGACGUUUUAAAAAAUAGUUUAUUGGUUAAAAUGCCACAAUGCACUACGUUAUAUGAAUGCAAGACCUGCAGUUGUUGAAACUCCUUCUUUCGAAUACUUUCUAAGUAGCAG